UCGUUUAUUUAUUUGUUUUUGUACUCGAUCUGAAUGCCUAUUUCAUAUUGUACUUUAUUUUUCGACCCCUCUUCUUGUUACGUGCGAAGAUCUCAGCGCUGUUUCUUUUUUUUUUUCCUCGAUUUUUUUUUUCUGCAGUAAAGUUUAUAUACGAAAGUCCGAUUUAGAGUCUUAGAUAUUGUUAGACAUUCGUAUUAAAUAUAUUAAGGGAUCUUGUUUUAUGUUGUAUUUUGCUUUUAAACGUCGAACUACGUCAAGUCUGUUAGAGAUGGAGAGCGAGACAGGUACACAGACCAGCUCUCCUUCAGUCAGUCCGGCACCUCCAGAACUGACCGGUGCUCUUGACCAUGCUUCGCACUGUGGCACGGUCAUACCAAACCGCAUCUUUGUAGGAGGGCUUGAUCUCAAAACUAAUGAGAAUGAUCUCAGGAGGUUUUUCUCUGGGUAUGGAACAGUUAAGGAAGUGAAGAUUGUUACUGAUCAUGCUGGAUUGUCAAAGGGGUAUGGUUUUGUUACCUUUGAGACUGCAGAAGAUGCACAGAAAAUUCUGCAUGAUGCUAGUGCUGAUAAAUUGUGUUUUCGAGAUAAGAGGUUGAACAUCGGACAGGCCAUUCGUAAGCAAGUAGCCAUGCAUUGUGGUUACAAUGUGGCAAGUCCCAACCCACCUGUGGCUCUCCCAGCACCGUUUGGCACCGUGCACCUAACCACACCCACUGGAUAUCCCUAUACCUACCACAACGGAGUGGCCUACUUCCACAACCCGGAGCCAAAUAUACACCCAUCUCUCUGGCCUGCUUCACACACAGCACCCGGAUCUCCAGUCAUGGUGGCUCACUCUACUCCUCCUUUUUAUACUCCACAAACCUGCCCCCAACACCAGAGCUCUUCCCAGUACAUGAAUGGACACGUGCCAUGGGCUUUUCCUCAGGUAGAGUCCUCUGUCCCUGUGAACCUAAAUCCUUUGUUAUAUGUCCAACCUGCUGAGUUGAUGUAUCACCCAGUGGAGCCUAUUGAGAAUGGGUGUGUUCGGUCAGCUGUGCCUCUGAUGGAAGCCGGUGUUCCUGAGGCAUAUAUGGAUCACCUGGUGCAGCAACCGUAUCAGGUUUGUUUGCAGAGACCAAUGAUUCUCCCGCACAGUGAUGGAGUGAAGGAGCAAAAGUUCCAGCCUGUGAGACGAGGCUUCUCUCACUCUGCCAUCCACACGAGACCCAGGUACUGCCGUGGCCCUCGUUACACACACCUGCGCAAAGAAUACCGGCCUGAUCUUCGCACCUCGCCUCCUCCUGCAUCCUCACCCACACAGGAUGCGCUGAAAUAGAAGGGCUUGGUCUGUUUCCUCAUCUCACUGCUCAACACACACCUGUCAGUGCGUCUAACUGAAACACAAACACUCUCGAACAAAUAUAAACCCCAAACUGUCACAUCUACUCGCCUAACUAUUAAUAACCUAACCUAUUAAUAGCCUAACUCGCCUGCUAUUAAUACAUUUCAAGUUGUCUUUGCUGACAGAAAACACAAACUUCUAAUAAGCUUUAAUCUAAAUCUCGAUACUGCAAAGCCUGAAAACAGAAACAAAAUCGACAAAACCCAAAAAAAAAAAGAACACUAUCUCCAUCUUAUUUAUACAAAGCCAGUGUACAAACGAUACAAAACAUAGAACAAUGACCAAAGAACACAAACUAGCACCUCGAGCAAGCUUUAUUCUCAAAAAGGGAAAUAAAAUUGAUUAAACCGACGUUUUACCAAAUAUAAAUCUGAACUGUGUUUAUAGUCUUAACAAGAACAAAAUGUGUAAAUCAGGUUUAUAAACCCUUUAUAUCUACCAAGAUAUAAAAACAAGACAAACACAAAUCUCUCUCUCGCUCUCUCAAUAGUCUCGGCUCUCAUUAGGACAAAUAUUCAGUAAAAUACACUUUUUAUAUAUAUAUAUAUAUAUAUAUAACACAUUUCAUAUUUCCAUCAGCAUGAUUUCUUUGAUCCGUGAGCAUCUGAUUCUUGCUCCAAAUUCUUUUUGUUCCCCUUUUACCUCUUGGGUGUAAAUGGAAAGUUGCUUUUUAAAGAAGACUUUUAUUGGAAGUCUGUCGAUUCAUCCAAAGCUAAUUAGCUAUAAAUCCACAUAACGUAUUCACCGUUUCCGUGUCCAAGAUUUGUAAUUGUAUUGGAAACUCUGCUUAUCAUGCCAAUGAGGAAUCUACACUUUGUAGGUUCAGUCAAGAAUUAAAAAAAAGGUCAGAAAAACAACAUGAAAAUAGUUUUGAUCUGCUGCAAUACGCAUUCAAGAUUUAAUUAGGACGGAUCCAGUCAAAUUGUCAGAAGGAGCAUUUUAAUACCAUAAAACCACAAACAUGAAGAGAAACACAAAAAAUCUGGAUGCUACGUAUCAAUACGUGCCUUAUGGACAUUUCAUAACUAACUUUCUACUUUUAUAACCAAAUAAAAAAUAAAAAAUGAUGUCCAUAUGCUCACUAUGUACUAGUUUUUAUCAACUCUCUCAACAUGUAGACACUCAUACAUAUAGACAGUAUAUUAUAACAACGGCAUAGUCCUACGGUCAGCUUAAUCAACCAGGCACGAUUGUUUAUUUAUUUAAACAUAUCUUUAUCAGUUUGUCUGUAGCACGUCUUUGUUCACCCAGUUUUAGGAGAAACACUUUCAUCUUUACCCACAAACUGUUUUCCUCCAUACUGAGUGUUUCUUUGGCUUGGUGGUUUAUUUGUGUGUGUAUAUAGUUAUAAGGAUUUCUAUUUGCCUUCUUUCUCAUUUACUACCAUUUUAACACAUUGUUCGUUUAGCCUAAUGUGUGUACAUGUCACUCAGGGCAUUUUAUGACACUUCUAAUGAUAAUUUUUGAUGUAUGUGCAAACCGUGCACCAAGAAAGUGUCAUAGUUCUCCAAAAAUCUUUAUUUUUUUCUAGGUAGUUGUUCUGGAAAUGAAUCCAGUAAAAUAUUUUGUGUUGAUAAAUGAAUACAAAAAGAAAAUACAGAAAAAAAUAUAUAUAUUGAAAGGUGGGUUUCUUGUUUGUCACAGUUUUGUUGUUAUCGUUAAGGGAAUUUGCAGCGUUGAAGAGUGUUUAAUGUCGUUUCUGAAAUGCGUUUCUGUCAAAUUUGCCUUUAAACUGUUUUUGAAAACUGCAUUGUUGAAAUCAAUAAAUCCAACGGAGUGAUUAA